AAGUGCGUUACAUCUGAAAUAGUCACGUUUGAGGAGAAGAUUGAAACCAAGGUCAAGCGGAUGAUCUAAAGGAGAGUCCCAGGUCCUCCUCCAGAUAAGGUUUGCUGGAAUGGGUAAUCUUCUAAAAGUCCUUACAAGGGAAAUAGAGAACUAUCCACAUUUUUUCCUGGACUUUGAAAACGCACAGCCGACAGACUCUGAAAGAGAGGUAUGGAACCAAGUCAACGCUGUGCUCCAAGACUCCGAAAGCAUCCUCUCCAACCUACAGGCCUACAAGGGAGCGGGGCAGGAAAUUAGAGAUGCCAUACAGAACCCAAAUGACAUGGUUCUCCAGGAGAGAGCCUGGAACUCAGUCUGUCCUCUGGUCAUCCGGCUCAAAAAGUUCUACAGCUUCUCACUCAGACUAGAGAAGGCUCUACAGAGUCUGCUGAUGUCUCUGACGUGCCCUCCCUACACCCCCACACAGCAUCUCGAGAAGGAGCAGGCGCUGGCCAAACAGUUCGCUGAGAUCCUGCAUUUCACCCUUCGCUUUGACGAGCUCAAGAUGAGAAUUCCCGCCAUCCAGAAUGACUUCAGCUACUACAGAAGGACGAUCAGUCGAAACAGAAUAAACAACAUGAACCUGGAAAUUGAAAAUGAAGUGAACAAUGAGAUGGCAAACCGAAUGUCUCUGUUUUACGCUGAAGCCACUCCAAUGCUUAAGACCCUCAGCACUGCAACCACCAACUUUGUGACGGAGAAUAAGACCUUACCCCUUGAGAACACCACGGACUGCCUGAGCACCAUGGCCAGCGUCUGUAAAGUCAUGCUGGAGACGCCGGAGUAUACGAGCAGGUUUAACAGUGAGGACACACUGCUCUUCUGUAUGAGGGUGAUGGUGGGAGUUAUCAUUCUCUAUGACCACGUACAUCCCAACGGCGCCUUCAACAAGUCCUCCAAAAUUGAUAUGAAAGGAUGCAUAAAGGUGUUGAAAGAUCAGCCAGCUGAUAACGUGGAAGGCCUCCUCAAUGCUCUAAAGUUCACCACAAAACAUCUAAACGAUGAGUCCACUCCCAAAAACAUCCGAACGAUGUUACAGUAACCUUUUCUUUUCUUUGUUUUUGUUUUUUUUGUUUUUUUUUUUUAAUGAAGAGGAUCGAUUUACUGACCUCAGAAGAUGUAUAUGUUUACAUUAUUUAAGGAUUUGAUGUCAAUACUUUGUGUGUAUUUACAUGCUCAUUCCCUCCAGGUUACUGUAACAUAAAGAAAUCAUACCUUCAUUGUAAACAAGCUUACUUGCCUAUGAUGCUUUUUGAAGCACAAAAUCAAUGAGACCUUCUAGCCUUACACAGGUUUGCGAAAGACCAAUUGCCUUGAAGCUUCUUUGAAUCAAACUUUGAAGCAGAUACUCCGGUCGUUGAUACGAUCUCUUUUUUUUUAAUAACCAAAGGGGCUAAAUCAUUGGUUUGUUCUUUCAUUUCCGCAACAACUGUUGUGAGGUAACAGCAGUGAUGACAUGCUAAUGAAGCUAUACCAGUGAAUAGUUUUCUGUAUGUUGAAAUGCAUCUGUUUUCAGUGUUGAUUGAUGG